CUCUCGGCCCCUCCGCGUCUCUCUGUUUGGUUCCGAGUCCAACUUUUUCUAGACAGAUCAGAGUGGAGAAGACGGAGAGACGAUUGUCAAUUAUCAAUUUUCAAAUUGGUUCUUCAUCUCCUUCAACAAACAGUAACCUCCCCAAAAUCUCUCCGCCUGUCCCAUAUCCACGCAAUACCCUUCCACACUCCGCGUGUAACCUUCGCGCGCUUCUUCUUCUUCCUCCUCCUCCUCCUCCUCUGGUUUCCCUUUACGGAGCAUCGCUUAACCCUCACUCAACCUGCCUCCCCCUUUCCUCUCCACUUCAGUGCUUCGCCAUUUAUAUGAGAGAGGUCCUGUAUCUCCAAGUGAAGAUGCCAGAAAUACAACUUGGUUGUCAUACAGUUAGGUCCCAUGGGAUGAAAGUGGCAAUGACACAUAAGCAUGACUGGCUAAUUCUCUUACUUCUUGUGAUAAUAGAGGUUGUCCUGAAUGUCAUUGAACCAUUUCACCGUUUUGUUGGGGAGGAAAUGAUGGAAGACUUGAAGUACCCGUUGCAGGAUAACACAGUUCCCGUUUGGGCUGUUCCAAUAAUCGCAAUGCUGAUACCUUUUACGGUCUUUAUCAUCUACUACUUCAUAAGGAAAGAUGUUUAUGACCUGCACCAUGCAAUAUUGGGCCUUCUCUUUGCAGUGCUUAUAACUGGAGUUAUCACAGAUGCAAUCAAAGAUGCUGUUGGUCGACCUCGCCCGGACUUCUUCUGGCGCUGUUUCCCUGAUGGGAAAGGGGUAUAUCAAAAUGUCACACGGGAUGUCAUAUGUACUGGAGAUAAGGGUGUGAUUAAAGAAGGGUACAAAAGCUUUCCAAGUGGGCACACUUCUUGGAGCUUUGCUGGGCUGGUGUUCCUUGCAUGGUAUUUAUCGGGGAAAAUCAGGGCUUUUGAUCGUAGGGGCCACAUUGCAAAGCUCUGUAUCGUUUUCCUACCACUACUAGUUGCAGCCCUAGUAGGAAUUUCUCGGGUUGAUGACUACUGGCAUCAUUGGCAAGAUGUGUUUGCUGGGGCCCUUCUAGGGUCGACUGUUGCAUCUUUCUGUUACUUGCAGUUCUUUCCACCACCUUAUGAUGUUGAUGGUUGGGGACCACAUGCGUACUUCCAGAUGUUGGCGGAAUCGCGGAAUGAAAUGCAAUCGUCAUCCUCAAAUGCGAACAAUCAUCAUCUGACGGUACGGCAGCAUGAGCUUGAGACCGUCUACAUUGAUCCUCAGCGUGGGGUCGAGGAGUCCCAAUUCAAUAUACGGGACACGAGUCCCAUCUUAGAAGGGAGGGAAGGCAAUGGGAGACACUGAAACACUGGUUUCAGGUUCUUAAGACCAAUGUAGAGCACAGCAGAUCAGAUGUAGAGAUUGUAAAGAGAGAGAGACCCUGUUGUGAUACGUUGUUUAGUAAUCUGUGUUCAUAACUGCGGAUUAUGGUACUAAUAUGGCAGGUUACACAUUUUAGAUAGUUACGUUGCUUCAUCUUU